UGCCAAAGGCCAAAUCCCCCAAACCCGCAAAGCCAGCUUUCUCCACUUACUAUAAAUAUAAACCACUUUCCCAAGCGCUGACCAUCGUCACCAAUCCAUCACUGUUACUAGUAUAUUAGGUUUCUAAACACUCCAAACUUAGAUCCCCUCGUAUUCUCCGCUCGCUAUCACCACCCCAAACCCCCUCAGAGUGGUGCAUUCAAGACUUGGAAUUUGUAAAAGAGAGAUGUUUUUAAGCAACCGCAAAGUGUAGUGGAUAGUAGUCAAAGCUUUUGCAUUACAGCAAGUUAACUACCUGUGACUUAUUCAUAUUGUUGACUCAUAAUAAGGAGUAAAGAUGACAACUGUGAGUCUUACCUCCCCUUGUAUUGUUAAAGCUGCAAUCCCUAACCGAUUUACAAGUGCUAUUGUCAAGGCCCCAACAUCUCUUGGAUCUGUUAAGAGCAUCUCUAAAUCUUUUGGCUUGAAAUGUUCUUCCAAUUACAGAGCAUCAAUGGCAGUGUACAAAAUUAAGCUUGUUGGUCCAAAUGGUGAGGAAUGCGAGUUUGAAGCCCCUGAUGAUAAAUACAUCUUAGAUGCUGCUGAGGAGGCAGGAGUUGACCUGCCCUAUUCUUGCAGGGCUGGAGCUUGCUCCACAUGUGCUGGGAAGAUAAUUUCAGGUUCAGUGGAUCAAUCUGACGGUUCCUUCCUUGAUGAUAAACAAAUGGAGGAGGGAUAUGUGCUGACUUGUGUUUCAUACCCGACCUCAGACUGUGAGAUCCACACUCACAAGGAAGGUGAUCUCUACUAAGUAUUUUGUGGUCAGAAAUGAGCAGGCUGUCUCAAGUUUGUUGUCUAGAACUCUUAUCUAAAUUUGCUACCAGUGAGGGUAAAUGCUCUCACGGACAAUUUGUUGUCUAGUGUUCUUUGUAAUGUUUGUGGUUGAAUUGCAUAUCUCAGUCUAGAAUUUCAAUCACAUUUCUGGAUUGCCAUAGUUGGA